CUUUCCCGAGGCUGCUGCCACUAUCACCCAGCGCCUGCUGGCAGCCUCCAAGAAGGCCGGACAGGAGGGCUUCAGUCCUUUCCUUGUGUUGCGUUAUAUAUGCGCUGUGGUGCAUAUCCUCUGUCAGCUCCAACUCCUUUCUGCUACCCGUCUCAAUUGGUAUGAGGCACCCACCUCGAAAAAGAAGAGCAGUGGUACGGAGACAAUGAAGCUGCAUCUUUCCUGUGUGCGCCAAUUGCGUCUGAACUUCCUCCGCUGGUUCAAGUCAUUCCUGCCCCACCUGAUCUCCACCUGCGCGCCUCAUUUUCCACCCACUUCUCCACGUGAUGCCUUCGCUGGUCUGGUGCACCUACUGCGUCGGGCCCUCUUCCUUGAGGCCGCGGCGCCCCUUGACCAGGCUGCUGCUGCUGCUUCUAAGUUGGCUCAUCAAGUGCUGUUGUGUGGCCUCGAAUCACAUCGUGGUCUUCUUAGUGCUGCUGAUGCCGCUGCGGUUGUCUGCGAACUUAUUUGGCGUGCGACCGCCCUCUCGAUGGACAGCUCAUUCGAACCGGCAAACUUUAACAAACCGGAACAAUUGAUCGACCUUCUGUACGCAUGUUGCGCAUACUGCACCGGCCAGGGUGUGCCAAGGUACCAAUGUUCAAAAAUUUUCUUUGAGCGUCUGCUGGUCUGUGUUUGCAAUGAGCUAUCCGAGUUGGCCCAUAGUGGAACGUACUGGAAGGUAUCACUCGCUCUGGUAGCGCUAGCUGCCAAUUUACCGAAGACUUGUGGCCAGGGUUUGCCCCAGUCAUGGCUGCUUAACCUAGUGGAAUCUGUCGGUUGCAGUAUGGACGCCCUGCCUCUACAGUGUCUUUCCGAGUACCUCCUUUACGACACUGCGACCCGUAUUCAGUGUGCUGACGAAAAAGCUUUCGCCAAUUUUGAUGCGGGGGCAUCCUCACCACCACAGCCACUUCUUUGUCUUCCACGUCAGAGGACUACCUCCCAGGGCUCUCAACCCAUGGAUACGUGUUCAGACUCAGUUUCAGAAAAACUGGAAGAAAAAGUGCGUUCUCUCUCCUCGGCUGAGCGCUGGCGCCUACAGUGUCACAUUGUUGAUCGCCUACGUGUCCGGGCUCGCUGUCCACCGGCGACUCCAGUUCCGCGCCCCUCCGAUCUGAUCGCCGGUGCAGUCACCGGCGGUAUCGGAAUGAGCGUUAGCACAGCAGGUGUCACCUCAACUACCGGUUUCAGUCCCAGUCUAGGCCCAUCCGAUGACAAUAUUGCUGAAGCUGUCCUCCAGUCGUUUGCUUACCGCCUCAAAGAUGCCUCCUCAGUCAUUCGCCGCGCUGCCUGGCAUUGUCUGGCUUUGCUCACCGUCGAAGACUCCUCAGCCAUACAACUGGGUCAAGAACCGGUUCACCCAAACAAGGCCUCCAGUUGCUGUCUGAACACUGUUGAAGGACGUCUGACCACCCUACAAGAGCUGCUUGGCUUGGUAGGACUCUCGGUGCCACUGGAUAACCCGACGUUGACAACUUCGACUGAAAUGGAUCCGUGCGCAGUCAAUACUGCCAGUCACCGCAUUGUAGAAUUUCGGUGUCUCAUCCUAGACUCUUUGUUAGCGGCUAUUCUAGUCGAAUCAGAGUUGCUUCCUCUCACAACCUACAUCCUCUUCGUCGGCCAGCUUACCGAAUAUCCAGAUUUCACCGCGUGGCGCCCAGUGAUGACGUGUUUCGGUCAGCUGCUUCUUACUCGCCGCUCCCUGGUGCACAACCUUCUCACCAGCUCCGCACCCCUUGAAAUUGAACCCUACUCAAGCAUCGCUAAGGCAGCGGCUGCUGCUACAGAUGAAGGCGUCAGCGGUCAGGCCAUGCAAAUACUGCGUUCCUCGGGAUUCAUCAUCCUCGAGGUCAUUGCCAGCAUCUUCGUGCGGGACAUUGACUACUAUUGCACAUCUGCUGAAGCUAUCCCCGUCGAUGAGAAGAAUAGUGUCUUUGUCGCCUGGUCGGCGGAACGUGAGUGUCCAAUGGAAUUAGAGACUUUGGAGUCGCACUUGGUAUUGUUGAGCUGUGUGCCCCGUAGCCUCUCGCUGCUCACACACUCCUGGCCCGCACCAACU